CAUUUAUGAAGUGACCAAACGCAUUGAAAAGAUUCAUAAAUCCAAAACAAACCACGUGGAUUUUCUUUUCUUUUUUUUCUCCCGAAAUAUUUUCAAAUAAGAAUCACUUUUACCGAAAAAAUGACCGAUUUAUUUGAAGCCGAAAUGGCUAAAAUUGAUGAUUAUAAACCUGAUGAAAAAAUGGAUGACAAUUCACAAUUUACGACCGUAGUGAAUAAAAAAUCUAAACGUAAACGUAAACACGAUGAAAUGGAAGUCGAUGAUAAAACCGUGAAGAAAUCCUUGCCAAAAUUACCAAAUUUUAAACCUGUUGAUGAAAGUUCAACGAAUUCUGGAAUUGAAUAUCGACGAAUACAGGUUCCAUUGAAUCGUUAUAAAUCAUUGAAAGAAAAUUGGUUGAAAAUAUUUACACCGAUUGUUGAACAUCUUAAACUACAGAUGCGUUUUAAUUUUCAUACAAAAUGUGUUGAAAUUCGUACACCACCUGGAUUGAAUAUUGAUUCGGAUAAAUGUAAUAUACAAAAAGCAGCCGAUUUUAUCCAAGCAUUUAUUUUAGGAUUUGAAAUUGAAGAUGCCGUAGCUUUGAUUCGUUUGGAUGAAUUGUUUAUCGAAUCAUUCGAAAUACAAGAUGUAAAACGAUUAAAAGGUGAUCAUCUAAGUCGUGCAAUUGGUCGUAUUGCCGGUUCGAAUGGUCGUAUUAAAUUUACCAUUGAAAAUAUUACCAAAACUCGUAUAGUUUUAGCGGAUACGAAAAUUCAUAUACUUGGAUCUUAUAAUAAUAUUCGUGCUGCACGUACAGCAAUUUGUAAUCUAAUUCUUGGUAGUCCACCAUCAAAAGUAUUUGGUAAUAUGAGACAAUUGGCUAAUCGUUUGAUUGAACAAUUUUGAAACAACAAUCCUGAUCCCUAUAAUAAUCAAAUUGUCUUUCC